CAGAAAGAUUUUAACAAGAGACGUCUAUGUAAAAAGCAACUGCUCUUUUGUUUCCAAAACAGGGAUUACAAGUGGAUAAAUAAUGUGCACUGCUCUGAGCCCAAAGGUACGCAGUGGACCUGGCCUCUCGGAUAUGCAUCAGUAUAGCCAAUGGCUGGCGAGCAGACAUGAAGCUAACUUGCUACCGAUGAAGGAAGAUCUGGCCUUGUGGUUAACCAAUCUAUUAGGGAAGGAGAUUACAGCAGAAACUUUUAUGGAAAAAUUGGAUAAUGGUGCCUUGCUCUGUCAACUUGCAGAAACUAUGCAGGAGAAAUUCAAAGAGGGCAUGGAUGCUAACAAGCCUCCAAAGAAUCUGCCCUUGAAGAAGAUUCCGUGCAAAGCCACUGCACCCUCAGGCUCCUUUUUUGCCCGAGACAAUACAGCAAAUUUCUUAUCCUGGUGCCGAGAUUUAGGGGUAGAUGAAACGUGUCUAUUUGAAUCGGAAGGUUUGGUCCUCCACAAGCAACCCAGAGAAGUGUGUCUCUGUUUGCUAGAGCUUGGCCGGAUUGCAGCCAGGUAUGGUGUGGAACCUCCUGGUUUGAUAAAAUUGGAAAAAGAGAUUGAACAAGAAGAAACAUUUUCUGCUCCUUCUCCUUCACCUUCUCCUUCAUCAAAAUCUUCUGGAAAAAAGAGUACAGGAAACUUACUGGAUGAUGCAGUGAAGCGAAUUUCUGAAGAUCCUCCUUGCAAAUGCCCAAACAAAUUCUGUGUGGAGAGGCUCUCUCAAGGAAGAUACCGAGUGGGAGAAAAGAUCCUCUUCAUUAGGAUGCUGCAUAACAAACAUGUCAUGGUCCGUGUGGGAGGAGGAUGGGAAACGUUUGCAGGGUAUUUGUUGAAACACGACCCCUGCCGCAUGCUGCAGAUCUCCCGUGUGGAUGGCAAAACAUCCCCCAUCCAGAGCAAAUCUCCAACCCUUAAGGACAUGAAUCCGGAUAAUUACCUGGUGGUCUCUGCCAAUUAUAAGGCUAAGAAGGAGGUUAAAUGAAACUAGUUGGUCGCUGCAAGGGGACCCUCAUAAUGGCCUGUACCCACUUCUCCAGUGUAGUCAGUUUAGUUCACAUGCUCUGAAAAUUACUUUGGAAAAAGGCGUUAACAGACAGAAAAAUGUCGUUAUCAUUGAAAAGCGUUCAGAGAGUAGCACUAUUUAUUUUGAUGCUUCUGUAGAAAAUGACCAAUUAAAAGAAAUUCUAAACUCAGAUUUAAAUUAGAAAAAGUGUA